UCCAGGAGGGUGCCAUUUCUGGCGGCCCGCGGCCAUGAGCUCGUCGGCUGGCCUGGCACGGACGCUGAAGUCCCUGUGCAUCACCGGGGACCUGUCCAAGGCCGUGCGUCUCCUGUGCCAGAGCCCCCUGUGCCCCGGCGCGAGGACCUACGAGCUUCUGCUGCAAGAGUGCGUGAACCGGAGGGACGCGAGGCUCGGCAAGACGAUCCACGCCCGCAUGGUCGCCACCGGGUUCCGCUGCGGCGAGUACAUCACCACCAAGCUGCUCAUCUUCUACGCCAAGAUCGGGGACCUCAGAUGCGCGCAGAAGCUGUUCGACGGAAUGCCGCAGCGGAGCGUCGUCGCGUGGAACGCCAUGAUCUCGGGCUGCGCGCGCGGCGGCGCGGAGGCGCAGGAGCGGGCGGUGGAGCUGUUCGGCGAGAUGCGGGCGGAUGGGCUGGCGCCCGACCAGUUCACGUUCGCGUCCGUGCUGUGCGCGUGCGCGAGGCUGGCCGCGCUGGAGCCCGGCCGCCGCGUGCACGCCGUCGCGGUCAAGUCGGACGUCGGCGGGAACAUGUUCGCCAGCAGCGCGCUCGUGGACAUGUACCUCAAGUGCAGCAGCGCCGAGGACGCGCGCCGGGCGUUCGCGGCGGCGUCGGAGCGGAACGUGACCAUGUGGACGGCGGCCAUCUCCGGGCACGGCCAGCAGGGGCGCGCCGCCGAGGCGCUGGCGCUCCUCGACCGGAUGGCGGCAGACGGGUUCCGCCCCAACGACGUGACGCUCCUCGCCGUGCUCUCGGCCUGCGCGCACGCCGGGCUCGUCGACGAGGGGCUGAGGCGGUUCGCGUCCAUGUCGUCAGACUACGGGCUCGCCCCGAGGGCGCCGCACUACGCGGCGGUGGUCGACAUGCUCGCCAGGGUCGGCAGAAUACAGGAGGCCUACGAGCUCGUCGAGAACCUGCCGGACUCCCAGGAGCACUCCGUGGUCUGGGGCGCGCUGCUGGGCGCCUGCCGGAAGCACGGCGGCGACGUGGCCCUGGUCGAGCUCGCCGCUCGGCGGUUCUUCCGGCUGCAGCCCGGGAACGCCGGCAAGUACGUUGUCCUGGCGAACACGUACGCCGCCCGCGAGAUGUGGGACAGCGUGGCCGGCGCGCACGAGGCGAUGCGGGCGGCCGGCGUGAAGAAGGACCGCGCCUGGAGCGCCGUCGAAGUGCGGGGCAAGAGGCACACUUUCCUUGCCGGAGACUCGUACCACGACGAGUACUCGGCGAUAUAUGAGGUCUGCACUGCAUUGGCCUCCGCCGUCUCCGAGCAACAGAUGGGGCCAGACAUUGCUGAUUGAUGCGCAUCAACCUGCAUGGUUAUUGCUGCAAUUCAGAAUGGAGAAACAUCCUGCACAGAAAUGGUAUCUUCUUCUUGUGUGAUCUUAAUGCCAAAUUGUUGGCUGCGCAGUUUUGGUACAGCAGUUUUCAGGGCUCGUUCCUGUUGCCCAUAUAAAGGCUGUGUUUAGAUGGGGGGAAAGGUGGGAGAAAAAGUCACAUCGGUAACUGUAGCACACUGUAGCAUUUUUCGUUUGUUUGUGGUAAAUAUUGUCAUACCAUGACCUA